AUGAUUGCCACAACUCAGCAGAACAUGACAACGGACCUGGACCUGGGUAGUUCAGAUGGUCCCCCUCGUAACUGGAAGGGCAUAGGGAUUGCCGUGGUGGUUAUCCUGGCCGUGAUGUCGCUGGUCAUUCUCUCGGUCAUCCUCCUCACACCCGAUGAAUCCCACCUGUUACCCCAUUCCUGUCUCACCAUGGAGGAUCUGGAAAGAGAGGAAUUCAAAGUUCACGACCCCUCCGUGGCGUGGCUGGAUGAAAAUGAGGUGGUUCUGCGCACCAGAGAGGGGCACGUCCUGUCGUACAGCCUUCGCAGCAACCUCACAGCUACCGUGCUGGACAACAGCUCCCUGGACCUGACCGCCACUAAAUUCUACGUGUCUGCAGACAAGAGGUUCAUCCUCUUGGCGUACAACAUCCAGCCGGUGUUCUCUCAGUCCUUCACAGCCUCCUAUGCCAUCUACAGUGUGGCUAAUGGAGAUCUGCUGCAGCUUCACCCUGCGGGGAAGCAGAACGAAAAGCUACAGUACGCAGCCUGGGGGCCUCAGGGGGACCAGCUGGCAUAUGUGUUUGAAGGCGAUAUCUACUACCAGCCAGGUGUGACCAGCAAAUCCCUGCGUCUUACGUCCACCGGCCAGGAACAGCAGGUCGUCAAUGGGCUCUCCGACUGGACUUACGAGGAAGAAGUGCUUUUGACGUACACUGCCCAUUGGUGGUCCGUCGACGGGGCCCGUCUCGCAUAUCUCACACUUAACAACUCUGCCACGCCGCUGAUGGAGAUACCUCAGUUCUUAGGCAACCUCUACCCCUCCAACACAUUCUUGCCCUACCCCAAGGCUGGGUCAAGCAUCCCCUCAGUCAGUUUGUUUGUAGUCAACCUAUACGGUCCAGCUCACACUCUGGAGAUGAUUCCUCCCGACUCCAUCAAGGCCAGAGACAGCUACAUCUCCAUGGUGACAUGGAUCAGCAGCACCCGCCUCGCGGUUCGUUGGCUGAAUCGUGCGCAGAACCAAUCGGCGCUGUGCGUUUGUGAGGCCACCACCGGAGCAUGCUCAGAGAAACACAAAAUGACCAUGGACCUGAUGCAGAACCAGCGGCAGGAGAUGCCAUUGUUUUCAGCUGAUGGGACGGUCUUUUACAUGAUACUUCCGGCGAAGCAGGGCGCACGCGGAGAAUACCACCACAUAGCCAGUCUCUCAGCCCAGCCUGCCAUCCCCUCUGUCCCUCCUCGGUUCUUGACGUCUGGGAACUGGGACGUCACCUUCCUCUGCGCCCUCGACGAGGAAGCUGGCAAGAUCUAUUUCCUGAGCACAGAAGAAUCCAAGCAAAGCAGACAUCUCUAUAGUGUGGAUGUGGACGGAGUCCUUCAGCGCCAGUGUCUCUCCUGUAAUCUCAUUGAUGGAUGCAGCAUUUUCCGAGCCAAGUUCAGCCCCAAUCAGACCCAUUUCACUCUUUACUGCCUAGGCCCUGGAAUCCCCAAAGUGACAAUUCACAGUUCAAAGGAUCCCUCCAGAUACAUAGUCCUGGAAGACAACGCCCCUCUUGCUGAGGCCCUGCAGGAGAAGAGACUUCCAGAGACUCUAUUUAGGACGCUGUCAGCAGACAAUCACGAUCUACACCUGAAGCUAUCGCUGCCUCAGGGUUAUGAGGCCAACCUGCACCCUCUCCUUAUCAUUGUAGAUGGAGUUCCUGGCAUUCAGUCAGUCACAGAGGAAUUUGCACUCGGCUGGCCUCAGGUCCUCUCCAGCUCACAUAACGUGGCCUUGGCCUGGGUGGACGGCAGGAGUGGACCUGGUCGUGGACAGAAGACCACCACUGUGGAUCCGCGCAAGCUUGGAUCAAUCAGAGUCAAAGAUUAUUUAGGAGUUGUGGAGUGGUUGAUGCAACUGCCUUACAUUGAUGAUCGUCGGAUGGCCCUCUAUGGAAAGGGAUUUGGUGGUUAUUUGACUCUCAAGCUGUUAGCUGCGACAGAUAAGUUAUUUCAAUGUACAGCUGCUGUGGCGCCCAUAACUGACUUCAGACUUUAUAGUGCUGCCUUUUCAGAGCGCUACCUGGGCCUUCCAGCAAAGGAGGAGCACACUUACUCCACUGCAUCUUUGUUGGAGGAGGUAAACAAACUGAAAGAUGAAAACUUCCUAAUAGUACAUGGAACAGCAGAUGCAAGAGUUCAUUUCCAGCACAGCGCUGAGCUCCUAAGCCGUCUGGUGAAGGUGGAAGCCAACUACUCCUUGCAGUUGUAUCCAGAUGAGGGCCACACCUUCAGAGAGCCCCGUAGCAUCCAGCACUUCCAGCGGACUCUGGUAAACUACCUCCACACCUGCCUGAGGCACAGCCUCCUCACAGCUCCCGUGGAGGAGCCAGAGGAAGAGGAGGACUGA